GCUAGGAUAAGCACAAAUUGCCUAACUGGUUUGUCCCGCCCUUCUCACACUACAAAAUUGAUCCGAGCACUUCCUACCGGCUACCUGAACCUGUGACAGAUGGAGCCUAUAACUUCAGAGGUCGAACCAAUUCAAGUUAACAAUGCUUCACGGAAACCUCGGAUUCUGCUAGCUGCAAGUGGAAGCGUGGCAACAAUCAAGUUUGCAAAUCUAUGUCAUUGCUUUUCUAAAUGGGCAGAAGUCAAAGCAGUUGCAACAAAAGCUUCUCUUCAUUUCAUUGACAAAGUGUCAUUUCCAAAAGAUGUCGUCCUUUAUACUGAUGACGAUGAAUGGUCCACUUGGAAGAAAGUAGGUGAUAGCGUGUUACACAUUGAGCUCCGUAGAUGGGCUGAUAUCAUGGUUAUUGCCCCUCUCUCAGCAAAUACGCUUGGAAAGAUUGCUGGUGGAUUGUGUGAUAACUUGCUGACCUGCAUUGUGCGAGCAUGGGACUAUGAUAAACCCCUCUUUGUGGCACCAGCCAUGAAUACAUUUAUGUGGAAUAACCCAUACACCGAGCGGCACCUUAUGAUAAUUGAUGAGCUUGGCAUCUCUCUUAUACCACCGGUACCAAAGAGGCUAGCCUGUGGAGAUUAUGGAAAUGGAGCAAUGGCGGAGCCUUCUCUCAUCUUCUCAACUGUAAGACACUGUUUACAUUCACGAUCACAAUCGGGAAGCAGCACCGUAUCAUGAUCCAUGUAUCAUGAAAAUUCAUUCAUCGUUUCAUUCAAGGCAUAGAUAUUGCAGCUGAAGUUUGCCACAAGAAUGUUUGUCCUAAGGAUCCUAUCCUGUUGGGACAAUUCUCUUCAUGGCUUGGCAUGUUAGUCGUCUUCCUGUUCUUUCGCCUUCCUACUAUCUUGUUUGUACUAGUAGGAGCUACUCGCGUCUUAGGUUUACUUUCAUUUUGUAUAAUUGCUGCUAAAAAUGGAUGCAAUCAUGGACAGACGUGUGGAAAACAGAUGCAGCUCUUCGAUUAGUGUAGCAAAUGAGGCUGGAAACUCAAUAUAUUUAGAGAGUAGGUUUACUUGUACAAAUUUGUUGCUCUUAGAUUCUCAGGUUUCUCAUACUAUACAAACCUUUGCUGCUCCUUCGGACAUUUUAGAACUUUAUUGGAGGCGUACACAAAGGUAAACCAUGUGAACAACUGAAGAUUUAUGGGG